UUUGCAUGCAUCGCUCACGCUCAUGCACGUCGCUCUCAAGAUCCAUGAAGUGGUCUCCAUAAUCUGUGAUUUCGUUGCAGGUCUGGGAGACCACGCUUACCAGCAUCGUGGGCUGGUCAAUUUUGCUCUGACCUGCCGAUCCUUCCUCGAGCCUAGUCUCAAUGCCCUAUGGGAGACACUGCCUAGCUUGUUUCCCCUGUUCUUCUGCCUCCCGAAGGAUAUAUUCAGGUUAACGACGAUUCAAGCCAACUACUCCAGGAGGCGGUUGAAAAUGGCCCGAACCCCCACGCCGGAUGAAUGGGCCCGCGUCCUUUACUAUACGCCUAGAGUGCGACGAGUGGAGUACACGGGAGACAGUCCUGCGUCAGUGGAGAUUGCGCCAUCGUGCUUCGAGGCUCUGGCACUGUCGUUUCCGGGCAGCGUCCUGUUCCCUAAUGCCCGCCGGCUCUACAUCGACCUCUCGGUGUAUAAAGCGUCUUUGUCCUUCACCCGGCUUCUCGUCAGUCCGUCCAUAACAGACAUUGGCAUCGACUGGACCGAGCAACGCACUGCUCUGCAAAACGCUUCCAUCGCCUCCCUUCUCGGGGCCAGAUGCAGACCCACAGUCCUCAGCUUCGAUCGGUACUGCUCUGCUUACGAGUCCACAUCUUCGCCGGUCAUACUCGACAUGCUGCACGCCGUCAUCUCGGAGUGGCCGCAACUCCAAGUGGUCACCUUGACGUUCAUAUAUGCCAAGACGCUUCGUCGCAUGGCAUCCUUUCCCGACCUCGAGACACUGGCCGUCAACAUGUACGGACGGGGGCAAAGCUGCAUUAUUGGCGACGUAGUGCCGAUCGACGACUCCGAGAGCACAUUUCCUGCGCUAUACAGCCUGACGAUCAUGCAGCUAUCUCCGGAAAUGGCCGACUGGGUGCUGAGCUUGAUCACCAAAAGCCCCGUCGAAGACCUUUCCCUCGGCCUGAACAAGCCUGCGCCGGCACAGAAAUGGAGCCCCAUCUUUCGUCGCUUGGCGGGCUGGGCGUCCCGCGAGGUAGAAACGCUGUCGCUAGACCUUAGCGAGCGCGUGUACUACGAAGACGAGGAGGAGGAGGAGGAGUUAUUAGACGCAAUCACUGUCGAUGACCUCGAACCGCUCUUCCGCUUGCGAAUCGUCACCAGUCUCACCCUCGACCUCCGGUGGUUGAUGAUCAACGACGAGAUGCUGGCCAGGAUAGCAGCGGCGUGGCCCAUGCUGAACGGUGUCAAAUUCCAGGACUACAAUCCCAAGCUGCAGGGUGCCUUCGUUACACUGGAUGGGCUCGCCAUUAUCGCGCAAAGGUGCUCGCAGCUGGACAGCUUGGCGAAUCUUCCUCUCAACACUUCCAUAACGCCGGCCCAGCCAUUGGACAUUCCCAUCAUGAAUCCUCUGUCCGCGGCCUUGAAAGCCAACCUGUCGGUCACAGCGAUAGAUGUGGGGAGCUCUCCAGCGCCGCAGGAUCCGGGAUUCGUUGCGCGAUUCCUGACACUCUUAUGUCCUAACCUACGUGCGGUUUCGCAUCCCUACACAGAGGCAGCUUGGAAGGCGGUUCACGACCUACUGCCACACAUGAAGCAGGCAAGGAUGGAAAGCUAUGCGAUUGGGCACGCUAUGGCGCUCGCAGGCGUAUCGCUUCCUCAUACCUCUCAGGCGAUAUGAGAUUCGUCUACUCUGCUUAGCUUGCACGAUACGCGAAGGUGCAUACCUUGCGACGGCGUCAAUCUUACAACGCGCGCGUACGUCGCCUAGGAGCAGGGAGUAACAUGUUCAUGGUCAUUGAUCAGCGGUAAGUACACCUCCGUGUAAAAAUACAGGGAUAUAAACGAAGGAAGAUAGA